AUGGACAGCCAACACGCUGGGCUCCCCAAAACCACAUCAUCCGGGUACCGAUUGCCCUCUACCAGGCCUCUUGCCUCAGUUUCCAGGGCCCAAGGUGGCCCCGCAGCAAGCAGGGGUCUUCUUGCUGGUGGCUGCCAGGGUACCUCAGCCCUGGGUGUGCAGCAGGACCAGCUGUGGAGGGAGCUUGUGGAAGCCGAGGAGCGAGGCCAGCGGCGUUGGGAAAUAAGAAGGAGCCUGAGGAGCUGCCUACCGAUGUGCCCUUCUUCUCAGACACACUCCCCAGCUCCACGAGCCGGGAGGUGGGCAGCAGGGUGGACACGCCCCUGGGGAGAGCCCUCACGCACAUGGACUUCUUCUUCUUGGAAGGCACGCGGAAGAAGAAGCCGGAGGAUGAGCUGCAGCCCGUGUAGAGAUCUCAGGGUGGACCGCAGCAGGUGGGUAUGGACUGGACCAACACAGGGUUCCCUCUGCUCGUCUCCAGAGUGCCAAGGACAGCUGAACCAAGAAAGCCUGAAGGAGAGUAUGGCAUGCCGUGGCUGCACGACUCUGCAGGUCACAGCUAGCCCCUCAUACCCUCCACCUAACAUACCACCCCCCCCAUCCCGGUCACAUCUUCAGGCUCUUCAGGAAGGUCCUUGCUUUGGACCAUCACUGUCUCCCCCACGGGCUGAGGAAAUGGAGAUGGAGGAUCCAUUCACCAGCGUCUUCUCUCUUUGGGACCAGAACAAAGAAGGCUGGAUGAGCCAGGCAGUCUCCAGACCUAGGCAUGGAGACGUGGCACCACUCCACAGCAUCACCGGAACACCCUAGGGAGCUUUGUCUAGAGAGUCAACCCGGGCAGCUCAGAGCCUAGAGUCAUCUGGGCAGCACCAGGGGUCCAGAAGGGACGAGGCUGGGGAGCUGAGGACCAUAGCAGGGCAGAAGGAGCCCUUCACCCCCGACCACUGCAUCUCUGAGCGUCUCUGCCUCCAUCUGCUCCAUGGUAGAAGCUACCUCUGCUUCCAGUGACAAGAAUGACCGCCGGCCGUGGAGGCAUGGAGUGACCAUUGGGCAUCUUCCUGUACUAGGCAUGAUGAGGUCAUGUACAGGGAAACAUGAGCUAGCCUGAGAGGUACCAAUCCACCAAACAAUGUGGACACCAAAAUGAAGGAGAGCAGAAGGCCAACCUCGGCUACACCCCUGACUCACAUGCACACACACACACACACAUUAGUAAAAAUAAUUACAAAAAUAAUUACAUUUUUUAAAGUACUGAACUCUUGAGGAUUGUAGAAUAAAGAACAGAAAUAUCACCAUUUUAGGCCUAACACUCAUAGCUAAUUUAGGUGUGAAUUAAUAAAGGCCAUAGAAACCUUUAGUUAGAGAUUCAUAGUGAGCCCCAUCAGUAGAAGGGCAGCUGACAUGAUGCACCUCCCAAAAUGACAGUCUGGAGACACGAGCUGUGUCACCAAGGACAGAGACACAUUCUUGUCACUCUGUGAAAGACAAAGGGAGCUGAGGCCGGGGGCCCAGGAUAAAGGCAGUACAGUCCAAAACCUCAGUCCAUUCCUGGGUCUAUAGGGAACACUGUGGGGAGUAAAUGCAGAUGACAGACGGACAGGGAGCUGCAUUGGUGCCAUAACCUGUCAAUCACGCUGUGCUGGCGUAGAACCCAGCUUCUGAAACUGAGCUGGGGUCAGGUAACUGCGUGGGGGGUCUGCAAAAACUUGGUCACAGUAAGUGUUUUGGACAUGCAGGGACCAAAAAUUAAUUCAAAGUCCAACACAUAACGGACUCCAGAUGUUCCUGGCAGUGCUGGCCAGUUGUUGUAUCAUGUGACUUCACCAUAGCUGUGGCUCUGAACAUACAGUGUGUGUGAUUUGUACUGAGCAGGCUGUCACACCACACGACUUUAAGAGACCCA